AGAUAUACGUAUCAUUCACACAUAACUAAUAUAUCUUUACUACAGUUACAAUAGGGAUUAUAUAACAAUACUUUCCUUCCUAAGUGAUUCCUAUAUUUCCAUCACAACCGAAUUGCUGUAAAAAUACUAUUGCAUUCUUAUAACAAUCAUACAUGUGGCGUUUUAAGAUUCGAUUUUAAGAUAACAGUCACUUUUCUAUUUUUUAUUUAUUUAUUAACGGUGCCGAAAGGUACUUUGUCCUCAGCUGUUGAAACAAACUACCAGGCUAUUUUACGUACUUGUUCAGGAGACAGACAACGAAGGUAACUUCUUCUGAUUUGAUUAUACUAUAUUUACAGUAAAUACGUACAGUGCUCACACAAUACUUCUCAAAAAUCUUGUCACACACCGAGUCAAAGUUCUUUCAGUGUUUUCAUUUUUUCCCGAACAACCGUUUUCUUUUUUUUUUUUUUUUGGGAGCCUGGAUGACAGUGAUUUGAUCUAAAAACACUUUUUUUUCACAAAUAAAAACCAAAAGGCAUUGCAUGUUUAAUUAGGUAUUUGUUAUUCGAAAGACAUGACUGUUUAAGCGGUGCCACACUCUUUAUCAAAAGGGGAUUAGAGUAGAGACCCGCCCCUUUUUGGCGUGUGUUUUUAACAUUCGAUUGCUCGUUUUUCGAGUUGCAACAUCGAAGCCAGUCACCAAACUAUGAGAUUUACCUCUCUAAAAACUCCUUCAAAGAAUAUCGGCAAGUGAUUUACACUGUGAAUAUUUUCUGUGAAGUUCAGUCAUGAACAUCAACAACGACAACCACCUCCCAGCAGAUAAUGAUGUUCCAGGUGAAUCAGCAGGGGGAACACAAAGGAUAUCAAAAACCCAGCUUUUUACUCUCAUAUCAGCUGCAUCUGUAAACCUUAGUUCAAUGAUAUGCUAUUCCAUUUUAGGACCAUUUUUCCCGAAUGAGGCUCUGCAAAAAGGGGCCGACCAGACCAUUGUUGGACUGAUAUUCGGAUGCUACGCCUUCUUCAAUUUAAUGGGAUCUUUAAUACUAGGAAAAUAUAUUGUACAAAUUGGGGCAAAAUUUAUGCUCAUUGCCGGACUGUUUGUAUCGGGAGUGUGUACAGUUAUUUUUGGUCUGCUUGACAAAUUGCCAGAUGGACCACUUUUCAUACUUAUGUGCUUCAUCGUAAGAUCCAUAGAUGCUGUAGGCUUUGCUGCAGCAAUGACAUCAUCUUUUGCUAUUGUUGCAAAGGUCUUUCCUAACAGUCUUGCUACAGUGUUGGGAAGUUUAGAAGUUUUCACAGGGCUUGGUCUUGUACUAGGGCCUGCAAUUGGUGGCUUUUUGUACCAGUCGUAUGGGUAUGAGAUACCUUUCAUUGCUCAGGGAUGUGUUCUGCUUUUGAUGGUGCCACUAAACAUGUGUGUUUUACCAAGCCUCGAUGCCACUCCCAGCAAGGAUUCCUUUUGGAGGCUAUUCACUCGACCGAAGAUUAUACUUAUAUGUUUCGUUAUAUUUUCUAUGAGUUCAUCUCUUGGUUUUCUGGAUCCAACCAUGUCCCUCUUUGUAAUGAAAAAGUUCAACUUGCGAUCAGGUUAUGUAGGACUCGUGUUCCUUGGUUUGGCAUUGUCAUAUUCACUAUCGUCGCCUUUAUUGGGAGUACUUAGCGACAAAAUGCCUACCCUUCGAAAAUGGCUUAUGGUGAUCGGAGGAUUGUCAUCGGCCACUGGCUUUUGUUUAUUAGGCCCUGCGCCCUUUUUUAACAUCAAGAGCCAGCUGUGGUUGUUUGUCCUUAUGCUGGCCCUGAUUGGGUUUUCUUUAGGCAUGACAGGAAUCCCCACCUUCCCUGAGAUCCUAAUUUGUGCAUAUGAAAAUGGAUUUGAGGAGGGUUUAAGUACAUUAGGCCUCGUGUCUGGUAUGUUUGGUGCCGUGUGGUCAUGUGGAAUGUUCUUUGGUCCAACCCUUGGUGGAUUUCUUGUAGAAAAAAUCAAUUUUGAGUGGUCUGCAACCAUUCAAGGGGGUAUUGCACUAAUUUCUUCCUUCCUUAUGGGCAUAUACUUCAUCAUGGAAGGAAGGUGGAAGAAAAGGUCUCCUCAAACUUCUAGGAAUGGAUCAGAUGAAGAAAGCUCGCCUCUGUUAUCCAAUGGGAUAUAGCAAAACUACAAAAAAAAAUAAUUUAAGCACAUGUUAAACAAAUGAAUGGCAGCAACAUCGUAGCAGCUUGCUACUAGCCUUUCACAUAAUCAACUUUGUUUGCACAUUUUUUUUUUUUUUAACUACAUCAGAAUAAUCACAUUUGUUUCUUUAUACUUUGAACUUUAUUCUCGGCGUAGUCUGCCUCAGAGCAGCCAGUCCUUGAGGGACGAUUGUUUUAACCAGGUCCCAGAUUUAAUUGUUUUUAAGUUUAAUGUAAAAUGUGCAGAGUAAUACAAUAAUUAGCACAACAGCCUCCUUUUAAUUUGCAUAGGAAACUGGUACAUGAUUUUGGAUGCCCUUGUUCUGUCAAUCGAUGAGAAAAUCCUCUUCAGUGCCUUAUGUUUCAUUACAUGCUACAACUGUUGUGGGUCCAGGGAAACACUACAUUUUAUAACUCUACUUUACAGUAUUUGUAUCCUAAUCAAGUAGUUAUUCGCCCAUCAUUGAAAUAUGGUUGUUUGACUGUCUUUCUCAGUGGUCACUCUUCACGGUAGCCUUGCAUGCUUCUGCAGCUGUGACAGUUAAAACUGUGAGAAUCUUUCUGAUGUAUUUGUUAUGUUUUCUAAAAGAAAACGUGGAAUGUAGUUGCUGAAACAAUAGCCUGUGGUUCUAUUCUUAAAGCAGCCUUUGAAAUAUAAAUAAUCUUUAAUAUAUGGAUUUAUGCACAUAUUUCAUAUUGUUUGCAAAAAAGUGCAUAAUAAAAGCAGAUCACUAAUAAAUGUGUUAAUUUUAAUCCUCAUCAUGUGUUUCAGUUGUAAUGGCAUUUUCUUUUUCUUUUUUUAAGAUCAUAUCGCAUAUAGUCUUUCCCAAAUCACUGUUUAUCAAAAUGUUUUUCAUUAUAAAAAAUAAAUAAAUCAUCAGAUGCCACCAGCUUUCUUUGUUGUUGUUGAUACACCACAAAUGAAUUAGAUUUGUGGUAAAAAUUAGAGCACUUGAUUUUUAUGUCUAAAAAAUAAUUAAAAGUAGCAACCUACCUGUGAUGUGAAAUAGGAGUUGAUAACUGUAUGUCCUUGAAUUGUUUAAUUAAUUUUAUGUAAUUCCUUUUUACAAGGAAAGGAUUGAAUGACGGGGUGCUGAGUUCAGGUGAGCACGUGAAGUGUUGUCAGGUGAAGGUUGCAUCCAACCUAGCUGUAGCCAAUCGGACACGUUGUUGCAUUUGUUAAAAGUGUAUUGAUUUUAUAACUCUUAUUUGUACAACAUGUCACUAUUGCUAAUUCUGCUGAUACCAAUAUGCACAACAAAGGCAGAACAGUACUGUGAAUUACAGGAACACGUUUAUUAGCUAAUUAAUGUGUCGACAUCAAGCAAUUGGGCUCUACCCAUAUAGGCAGAACAGGCAGCCGCAAAGGGCAGCAAAUUGAAGGGGGCAGCAAAAACGGUACACAAUUACAUUUUAUACUUCACAUUUCUUCAGUCGUAAAAUGUUCAACAUCUUAGAUCACUGUUUCUGCAAAACGUAUUGCUAAUGUUACGGAACCAUAUCAUGGGCCUAGGUUUAUGUGGUGUGGUGCAGUAACCUAUUUACUGUUCAUUUAUAUAUAUAUAAAUGUUAACAGAUUACAACAAGUAUUACUUCACAUUUGGUAUCUACAGAUAUGAUGUUAUCAGUUAAGUUCCAAGACUUGUGUCCUUGUAUCACUGAUUACAGGUCACACUAUUUUUCAAAUAUCAGUUCUACUUCAUGUUGUUAUUGAAACUGACAUGAUAGUGGAUAGUGGCAAUCAGCUUUUCUUUACUUAUUUUAAUUCUAUGUAUUUUUUCAUUAUUUAUAGUGGUAAUAUUACUGGUGCUCUAAAAUAAUAAUAAUAAUAAUAAUAAUAAUAACAAUAAUUCACAUCUCAUGAAUACUGUAGUACAAUAGCUUUACGGAAGUUAAAAAAAAAAAAAUCGCCUCACCGCGCAUAAUCUUGUUCAAAAAUAUUACUGUAUAAUAAACCUAUUGGCGCUAUCUAGCUUUUUUUUUUUUCAUGGUAAGUGUACCACAUAGUCGCUGUUUAUUCUGAAUCAACCUUAUUCCUCUGCGGCGUGUUUAGAUGAAUCAUGCUUUUGCGUGCACCUAGAUUAGAGCAAAGCUUCCCAAAUAGUAAAUGAGCCAUACCAGCACCAAGGAAUAAAUAAUUAACAAGUGUAAAAAAAAAAAAAUCUGUUUAAACAGACUACCAACUGCUGUAUUUUUUUCAUAGGGCUUCUGUUACAAAGUUUACCUUCGAAAAAGCAUAACGAAUUGUAAUAAACCAUAGGUGAAAGUGUGGUAAAUCACAGAGAAGUAUUGAAAAGCAAAUAAAAUAAAAAAUAAAAAACUAUGGUAAAAGCAUUAGAAAACUGCAAAAUGACCAUACAAAUUUACUGUGCUAAGCUUUUAUUAGGGUUUCGCUUAAAAACUCUAAACAUUAAAAACAGAGGAAUUAAUAACCCUUAAUUGUACUACACCAGAUUUGAAAAAUAAUUUUAGAUUAUCGACUUGUUAGCCUAUUAAUAUUUUAAUAGUUGAAUUACACACUAGUUACCAUUUAUAGCAGAAUCCACAUGUCAGGAAUGACCACUGACUAAUCCGUGUGUUUAUAUUUAAAAGAAGUGUGCCUGUGUGGGUUCAGUCAUAGCCGUCUUAAUGACUUUGGAGGCCCCUACCAUAUUACAGCAGGAAUUAAUAGUAAUUGUUCUCUUCAAAAUUUAAUUGCAAACCAAAACAUGAAAUAGUGUAUAAAGAAAUGUAUUCUGAUUUUAAAUACAUCCCUGUGACGAAGUGCCUGCCCGUGUGUAUUUUCUGUUAUAUGUUGCGUGUGA